UAUCAGCUGCCGCAGCAUGCGUCUGCAGUUUACCAGAGCGAGCCCCGCAGCUAUCAUCAGCAGCGGUUACUGAAUGUGCCAGAGGGGAGAAUGAUGAAGCCUCAGCAGCAGCUGCUGCAUGAAGACCAUUGAGAAAAGUAGUCAUCCUCAGUGUGACCUCGGCUCACCCAUUCUCAGCAGCGGUUAUCGAAUGCGCUCAGCGCCACAACUGCACCAGAGGAGGAAGUGUAAAAAUAAAGAAGGAGGAAGGGGUGAGGAGAUGGAGUGAAGACAGCCGCUGGGCGACUCUCACAGAUCAUGAAUGAAAGAUCCAGAAGAAUGAUGAUGAUUAAUGCGUUUCUGCUCCUCACCUUUUCAGCCGUCCCAGCAUGGAGCCAGGCUGUGAGGGACGUGUGUGCAACCUGCCACACCAACGCCACAUGUGAGGACAAGUUAGACGGCUCUGGUAAAGUCUGCAACUGCAAUCACGGCUUUGUCGGAAACGGGAUCAAUUUUUGUCAAGAUAAAAAUGAGUGUCAGAUAGGAACCAUUAAGAUCUGUGGGCAGCACACUACCUGCCACAACACGUAUGGUAGUUACUACUGUACCUGCCUGUCUGGGUACAGCCCGUCCAACAACAUGGCUGUCUUCAUCCCAAACGACGGAACCCACUGCCAAGAUAUUGAUGAGUGCAGGAUCACAGGGAUAUGUGGGGAGGGAGGUCGGUGCAGAAACCUUGAGGGCAGCUUUGACUGCAGCUGCCAGGUUGGGUACCGCGUCCACAACGGAGCUGAGCCUUUUCAUCCUCAGAGAGACGGCGCUUCCUGCGAAGUGGUUGACUGUGGUCAGCCUGUCCCAGCGGAGGACACCGUUCUCCUGUCCAUCACCGGAACCACAUACGGCGGCAUGGCCACGUUCGGCUGCGAUGAAGGCUUUGUGUGGCGGAGAGGAAGCAACAGCUCUGUGUGUGGAGCGGACGGAGCGUGGAGCGGGCCCAGCCUCGUCUGUGAAGAGAUCUUGUGUGGGAAUCCUCCCUUGAUUGAAUUCACAGAGCAGGUGUGGAACCACAGCCCGUCUCCUGGCAGCACAGUGCUGUAUGUCUGUAAAGAGGGCUUUCAUAGUAAAGGAGGACAUGAUGUGUCCAUCUGUGAUAGAAAUGGACAGUGGACAUCUCCAACGUUGUCGUGCCAAGAGAUACUGUGCGGAGAUCCACCUGUUGUGCCCCACACUGCACAGGUGUGGAACAGCAGCGUCACCCCUGGAAGCACGGCCACUUAUUACUGUAAAACAGGAUUUUAUCAUCAGGAAGGUAGCAAUGUGUCGGUGUGUGCGGGAAACGGUUACUGGACAGUGCCUGGCAUUCUGUGCAAAGAAAUUGGCUGCGGAGAGCCCAUACCCAUCCCUCACGCAGUGAUGGCGUGGGAUAGAACUUCAACCGUGGGCUCUAGGGUUGUUUAUAGGUGUGACAGUGGGUAUGUCAAUGUUGGCGAAGGAAAUGUAUCGCUUUGUACUGCCAGUGGAGGAUGGGAUGUACCCUCUCUGUCCUGCCAAGAAAUCAGUUGCUCAGAGCCUCCUUUAAUAGAGCACGCUAAAAUGCAGUGGGAUGGCCAGCCACGCCCGGGUAAUGUGGUGUAUUACCAAUGUGAAGAAGGAUAUUACGCCAGAGGCCUGAGAAACUACUCAGCAUGUGGAGAGAAUGGAUUGUGGCAGGAUGUUGAUCUGUCGUGUGAAGAAAUCAGUUGCUCAGAGCCUCCUUUAAUAAAGCACGCUAAAAUGCAGUGGGAUGGCCAGCCACGCCCGGGUAAUGUGGUCUAUUACCAAUGUGAAGAAGGAUAUUACGCCAGAGGCCUGAGAAACUACUCAGCAUGUGGAGAGAAUGGAUUGUGGCAGGAUGUUGAUCUGUCGUGUGAAGAAGUUAACUGCGGUCCCCCAAAAUGUCUCCCCAACACUAAGCUGCUCUGGAACGGCAGCAGCGCACCGGGCAGUGUUGCCAAGUGUGAAUGUUUGGAUGGAUUUUACCAAGAAAGAGGAAAUAAUUUGUCAACGUGUUCACAGUCAGGACUCUGGGGGGAAGUAUCUGUGAAAUGCAAAGCUAAAUGCGGCCCAGUUCCCUUCCUUGACCACUCAGAGGUAGUGUGGCACAACAGGAGUGUUGUGGUCCACCGCUGUGCAGCAGGGUACCACAGCUGGAGAGGCAGCAACGUGUCUGUGUGUGGCAGCUCUGGACUCUGGCUGAAAGCUACUCUGACAUGCAUUGAAAUCAAGCCCCCAAUUGAUCGUCUUAUACUACAUAAUGGAAACUGUCUGAAGUGGAAAGCAGAGAAGUAUGAGGAAGAUACAGAAGUUUAUAAGGUAAUUUAUUUGGGAUCCAGGGACUACCAGAGAUCAUUUCUAGACAAAGGAUGGCGUUUUUUGAGGUCCAAGGAUGACUGGCUGAGAAUUUGCCUCAACCUGCUUCCAUUAACAAACUAUAGCAUUUCUAUCACUGCGGUAACAGCCAGAUUUACAGCCACCAUCACAGCCAGCACCAGCUUAACAGUACCUCCAGCACCAGCUGUCUACUACGCAGAAUUUGAGACUCCAGUACCAACUUUGAGGUUGCAAAGAUCUCCCAACACGCUGGAUCCUAUAAGUUUCUACCAAAUCUUUGUGCUUCCUGUCGAGGAGAUUCUGAUGUUUGACUGCUCCUCUCCUGCGAGCUUAGACCCUUCAGCAAAAACGCAAUCACUAACUGAGUACAUGACCGCCCAGCUUGUUGUCCAGAAUCUUGCGACAGAAGUGAACUUUACUGUGGGGGAUGGAUCCCUCUACGGGGGCUUCUACAAUGCACCCCUGGAGAGCGGUAACACCUACUUUAUUGUCCUACGAGUUGUCAGCCAGUGGAAAAAGAUGUCGAGAAGUUGCUGUGUCCUUUGGGCUAAAGUAGCAGGCACAUCUUAUGUUCUGAGGGUGUCAUCGCUGUCUGCUGCCGCAUGCGUAGGAGUGGUUGCCCUGGUUUUAUUAGGGGGAUACAGCUUGGCUUGGUGCGUAAACAGGAUCUGACCAUCCUCAGCUCCUGCAUCAUCAGUCAUAGUGACAAAUACAUUUGUUUUCAAACUGUACAUUCUGUAAAUACUUUACAGAUUAUCGUUUACAACACUCAAAAUUAAUAAACUUUUGUUUUCCACUA